CUGAUCCGUAUUCUCAGCGACAACAUUUCAUCUCUCAUCCUCCCAGCUUGGUUUUCCGGCCAUUCUAGCCACCAUGCCAGGCUCCAUCGCCUUCGGUCGCUUCGAUGACUCCUUCAGCGUGGCCUCUCUGAAGGCCUACGUCGCCGAGUUCAUCUCCACCCUCAUCUUCGUCUUCGCCGGCGUCGGCUCUGCCAUUGCCUACACCAAGGUGAGCGGCGGCGCGCCCCUUGACCCAUCCGGGCUGAUUGCCGUGGCGAUCUGCCACGGGUUCGGGCUGUUCGUCGCGGUUGCCAUCGGCGCCAACAUCUCCGGCGGCCACGUGAACCCUGCCGUCACCUUCGGCCUCGCGCUCGGCGGUCAGAUCACCAUCCUCACCGGCCUCUUCUACUGGGUUGCGCAGCUCCUCGGUGCCAUCGUCGGCGCCUUCCUCGUCCAGUUCUGCACCGGCGUGGCGACCCCUACACACGGGCUUUCCGGCGUGGGCGCUUUUGAGGGCGUGGUGAUGGAGAUCAUCGUCACCUUCGGGCUCGUCUACACCGUGUACGCCACCGCCGCCGACCCCAAGAAGGGAUCCCUCGGCACCAUCGCCCCCAUCGCCAUCGGCUUCAUCGUCGGGGCCAACAUCCUCGUUGCCGGCCCCUUCUCCGGCGGUUCCAUGAACCCUGCACGCUCAUUCGGCCCCGCCGUUGCCAGCGGCGACUUCACCAAUAUCUGGAUCUACUGGGCCGGCCCGCUCAUCGGCGGUGGCCUCGCCGGCAUCGUCUACCGGUACCUGUACAUGUGCGACAACCACACCCCCGUCGCCAGCAACGACUACUAAGCCAUCCAUGUGAAGGGUCGUUCGGUGUUUGGUUUCCAUGAUGCCUUCGGCAACAUAAAAAAGUGCGUGCGUGGUGGUCAGAAUGUCUCGAUGAUGUGAAGAACGUCAUGUUGUUUGGUUCAGAUCGAAGCCCAGUAAAGUUGUAGCACUUGGAUGAUGCAUGCUUCUCUAUCUGUAAUAUAAUGUGAUGUUGUGAAGUUGUUGGGGUUUGAGAAUUCUUCAGUUGAGUUUCCUUAUGCGAUUCAAUAAGAACAUCACUGUUUAGUGCA